GACUACAAAGAGAGGAGGCCAUAUUGAAGCAACCUGAUGGAAAAUGAAAUUAUGAGAAUCUAGCCAGAAUCAGUUCAGGGAGCAAUCAGGCAAGGUUAAAUGGACGCGAGGCGGUAAACAAAAGUAUAAACCGAAUCUCUCGUGGGACAAGGAAGUUAGAGAAUUGAAAACAAAAGGUAAAAACGCGUCAAAAGAGACGCCGAUUGAGCCUCCAGUCUUGUUAAACAGCCGCAUGAAUGUUCGCUUCCCGUAGGAAACAAAAUGCAGCUUUCUUUCGCGGUUCUGCUCGUCCUCGUGGCCGUAGCUGUGGCCAAGGACUUCAGCGGCGGCUUCAACUCGAAGCCGACGAGCCCGGACUGCCCGGUGCCCGGCUCCCCCGCCCUUGCGUACGUGGCCGACCCCAACGACUGCACAAAAUACUCCAUCUGCUCCGACAAGAUCAGCGUCAAGGUGGACUGUCCUUUCGGACAGUGCUUCAACGGAGCCGUGUGCAACACAGACUGCGUGGACUGCACGCCAGCCCCGCCCCCGGGACCACCCGCAGGAGUUGCCGCGGUGGCUGCCGACGACGCUGAAUAGGCCGCUGCCCUGGCUGCCUAGAGUCCUUGGGUUCCGGGUCCCUGGAGCUGACGGCAGAGGAGUCUGGCAGCGUGGAAUGAGCUCGGAAAUAUUUCUACGUGCGACGUUACCUAUAGCCUGUGCCAGUUAAAAGGUCAUCGGAAGCAUCUUCGAUCCCUUUUCAUUUUUGCGGAGAGAAUGGUGGAGAGGGGGGAGACCUUCUCGAAAGCGUUCGUUCUGCUGAAGAGGAAAGGGGUGGGAGGAGUUUGCCCUGAUCUCUUAACCUGUCACUGACCAUAGAUAGCACUCCAAAGACUGUAACCGAGCUUCAGAACCGGUUGACCUACAUGACUUUACAAAAUAUUUUGCAAUAAACAAAGCCAACUGCAA